GGCAGAGGGGCGGGGCCCGUUUUGGAGCAGCACAGCAGUGAGCCAACCUACCUACAUGCUUAUUGUGUAAAUCUUUAAAAGCAAUUAGCCGCAUCUUCCAACCGAACAACCCUUUUUACACUCUGCCUGUGUAAAAUACAGGAUUUUACUGGAGAAGAGGAGUUUUCGAUCGUCUCUGAAAAGGUGCUCACCAUCGUCAUCCUCCAACCAUGACUGACAGGAAAGCUGUGAUCAAGAACGCAGACAUGUCCGAGGACAUGCAGCAGGACGCGGUGGACUGUGCCACCCAGGCCAUGGAGAAGUACAACAUAGAGAAGGACAUCGCAGCCUACAUCAAGAAGGAGUUUGAUAAGAAGUAUAACCCAACCUGGCACUGCAUUGUUGGGAGGAACUUUGGCAGCUACGUCACCCACGAGACAAAGCAUUUCAUUUACUUCUAUUUGGGCCAAGUGGCCAUCUUGCUCUUCAAGUCUGGCUGAGAAGUUUUCUGAUUGGUGUUGAGGAGUUUUUCUCCCUGAACCUAAAUUGGAAAUGCACUGGUGGCUGAUGUCUCCCAUACACAAAUAACGACAUACCAUAAUGAUGCAAAACCGGCCGUGCGCAUUUGCAUGGACUAUACACUAUUUAAUAUGUAUGUUACAGUAAGUUUUCUUUUCAGUAGUUGCCGUUUGAAUGCAACUGAAGUAGUUUUUGUUUAUGCUGUUCAGAUUCUCGGUUGUAAAAGAUUUCAAAGUGGCCCUUGAUUGUACAAUAAAGGAAAGCUGUAGAAUGUAGUGGCGCAUCUGCUUUCCUUCACAAAUGGCAUCGCCAGCCCUGUUAUAAGACUUCGUCUGUCAGUAUAGACGGUAAAAUCAUACAGCAGUUAACACAGUUUAACUAUCCAUCAUCAUGAUUUUCACAUUGAUCAUGAAAAGAAGUCGGUCAAUGGGGCAAAAAAAAGUAGAACGAGAUCUGCGAAGGCCAUCUUUGGUCUCCAGGAGAACAUAAAGCAUGAGAUCUUUUUUAUGACUGGAUCUUACUAUCAAGAAAAUAUGUUGGUUGUAGAUGCAUACGCAAAACCUUUAACUUUGAAUAUUUGAUUUAAAAUAAUGUCGCCUAACAGAUGUGAAUUUCAGCAGCCGCUUUCAGAAGAAAAAAAAAAGAUGUCACAACAUCCAACACGCUUGACAUUUUUGGAACCAACACAAGCAGUGCAAUUUUUUUUCAAGGAUGUUUUAGUUUGUCUUUCCACUGUGAAGGACAAUGGACAAAAUAAAGCUCACACACACAUACACACACACACACUCUCAGACCUUUGCCUGUAAUGUAAGAGUAAUAACGGUACAGGCUGGUUACCAAAAUCUCCUGACUUCUCUUCCUAGAUUCUAGUCUAAUAUCUAGUGUUUUGCAUGUUUUGAAGCUUAUCAUAUUUUCUUUAACCAUUUGACAAAAACAAAAGCUCAUUUUGAAUCUAAAUAAUUUAUUUACCGGUAUCUUUAGAGUGUAUAGAUAUUGGACUGAGCCUGUGUGGUGUAUUGUCACAAAGUGAUUUGGAUAGAAUCAUCUGCAGUCUGCUCUACCAAGGCCAGCUACACCCAUGUGUUUCAGAUGGUUGUGUUGUCUUGUGAUACUUUCAAGUUGCAUUAACCCACCAACCUUUAUUGCAGAAUGACUUGUGUACUGCCAGACAUGCAGGACAGCAAAGGCGUUCAGAGACAGGACUUCUAAGGAAACGGCUAACGGUUGUAUUAUUUUUCUAGCGCCCUGAUUUGGGGGUUUUCAUUUUUGUCGUGUCGAUAUAGAAACAGAUGGUAAUGCACAAAUUUGGACUCUGAAGAAAUGUGUUCUCUGGAAGGGUAAGCUAGAGGAGUUUAGUCAGUGAAACUGGAUAAAACUACACAUAACUCUCUAAAAACUACUCUAGGUUUUUCUCUACCAUAAUCCAACUAUGGUGAAAUGUGUGUCUCUGUGUUAGCAUUGAUUGAGGAAGUCUUCCUAACUAAUGUCAAUGUAAACUGAAUUGAAUAUUGUUUUCCUCUGGCAUGUAUUUUCGCUGUGUAUAUGUAAGAGCCGUUCCAAUGCUGUUAAAUUUGCACAAAGUGUGUGCCUGUUGUUGCUCUCAACUGUAACUGGCUUGAGUACAAAUGCACUUCAUUAAAACUAUCCAGUAGGUUGCUACAGAACCAAAAUCGUACAAACUCGAUUCAAUAAAAACUAAUUGUUGACUUACUA